AUGGGUCCCGGUAAGCCAACGACGCCACCUCACGCUCAGUCACUACCCCUUCAUCUGUCCACUGAUACGCCUGUCCGCGUGAAGCAGACAUCAAGCAGCUCAUAUCCCGAUGACAGUUCGACUGAAAGAGGCAAGGCCGUGGUUGAGGAUGCAGGCGAAGCGAUACCCGAAAUCACCCUCGAUUCGUUCUUCGAAGAUAUUUGCCCAAAGCUUCGCCCGGGAAUAGUCCUUGAUCAUGUUAUUGCAGCCCUAAAGCGUGGGGCUAUGAUCACGGGGGGUAACCGGUGGAAAGGUUUCAGGGUGGAUCCCCGCUUUUCUAAACUCGUUGAAGAUGAGACGUUCCGCCCCCUCCAGAAUGUUGCUGUAGCCAUCAUCGCAGCCAGUGACUUGAGAGACAUUGAACCCACAGUUGUUUUUUCAAACCAUCCGACCACCAUACCGCAAUCGGAGCACAGGGACUCUUACACCCGCCCGGACGGAUAUUUUUUUCGCGAAAAGGUGUCUGGCUCGCACUGGAAACACAUUCCACUUUGCGCGGAGUACAAGAAACAGGACAGGAUUGAUGAUCGCAACGAUAAUGUGAGCAAGGUCCUCCUUGGCAUGAACCAUUGCAUGAGCAAUGACCCGCGGCGACGCUUCGUCUACGGAAUGACUAUCGAGGACGUGAAUAUGCGGAUAUGGUAUGCGAGCCGUGCUAACCUUGUUGUCACCAACUCCUUCAAUUUUGUCAAGGAUCAUAGGACACUUGUACGUAUCAUCUUGUCGCUUGCGUAUGCUAGCGAGGCGGAACUCGGAUGGGAUCCCACGAUCGUCUCUGUGUCCAGUACCCGUGCUGUCUCCCAAAAGAUGAAGAGGGCCUCGCCAGAACCAUGCUACGACAUCACUGUGCGUAAUGCCAACAAUGGAUCAGAGCAGAUAUACCGGACGAUUAGAAUGCUCUCCGACAUCGGUGCCAACGCCCUGCGCGGACACGGCACUCGUGUGUGGGAGGCUCAAAGGCUUGUGGAUGGAAAGCAGCGUGAAGCCCCAGUCGUGCUCAAGGACUGUUGGAUAGACGACGAUCGACCGCGAGAAGGUGACAUUCUAGAGGAGGUUCGCAGGUCUCACCCAGACCCGGAAGGACGUGCAUUCCUCGAUAAGCAUCUGUUGACGGUCGUGUGCCACGGCGACGUCAAAAUUGAUACGGCUGAUGACAACACGCGGAUGCUGAUGACAAGAGGGAGGGAUGUGGGAACUGGACCCGGUCGAUUCACUGUGCAACAACCUAACAACAGAAAACCUGGACAACAGAAAACAUCCACCGAUGACAAGGCCAGCGGGUCAAAGGAAGCUAAAGGGGAUCAUCGCAGUCGUACAGAGCGUUCUUCCGUUCCCGGUCAGCGAAUGUUCCGCUAUCACCCCAAGGUUCACUAUCGAAUUGUCUUCGUCGAAGUUUGUCAAGCGCUUUUCAUGUCGACUUCGAUCAUGUCCAUCUUCGAUGACCUUGCUCAGACAGCUCAAGUAUUACAGCGUCUACAUGAGGCCGGAUGGGUUCAUCGUGAUAUAAGUCUAGGAAACGUCCUGGAGAGAGAUGGGGUCGUUAAGCUGGCUGACUUUGAAUACGCGAAACGACUCGAUGGUACAAGUCAGCACGAGAUACGCACUGGAACAGCUGACUUCAUGGCGGUAGAAGUCGAUGAGCAAAAUUAUAUAUUCAUUCCGCGCCUCGCCGAAGAAGACGAUAUUGAUCAGCUGUUCGCAAAUAACUUGAAGCUUAACACUUCUCUGAACAAAACCCAACAACUUCUUCCGCCUCUACGAUAUAAUCCUCUCCACGAAUUUGAGUCUGUUUGGUGGAUGGGUGUCUACGUUAUCUUCAGGAAGAUUGUUGUCUCAGUUAACGGUGAAGAGCCCUCAGCACACGAUUAUCAGUCACAGCGACAUUGGGCCUCGAAUAUGUUCGAAAACUACGCAAAACGGGACAAGGUAAUAGGAUACGAGGGACAAUUCUCCCUUGCCAUCGAUGCCCUGCAUGCGAACAUCUUUCCUAUUGGUGGCGCUCUUCGGGCUCUUCGGGCUCGUCUAGUUGAUCGUUAUAGGGAAGUGGAGAAGGAUCUAGAGAAUAUUGAUCAUACUUCUGCAGGAGACUUAGGUGGCAUUUUCAGCAGGACUUUCACCGCUGUGUCGCACAAGCUCAAACAAAUGGGUGAUAUAAUAAUUGGCGAGUUUCCUCCUGAGAAGAAUUCUCUAGAGGAGCCAUCGGUGCAGGUGGCGUCCACGGUGGAAUGUGAGGACGUAGCGAGGCCAGGAUGCCGGGCGUCAUCUCCUCUUACCGAGCAAGCAGUUCCUUCAUUAACCGUGCAGACGGGGUCCGCCAUGGGACCUGGGAAUUCUACAACGCUAGGACAUCAAGCGGAUCCUUCGAAAGAUGCUUUUUCGAAGCAACCGCCUCCGGGGAAGCGGGUCGAAAUCUACCCCAGGGAUAAACUCACCUACUACCAUCGAGCGGGAAGAAUGAGUGCUAAAUAA